UAAACGUGUGCAUGGGUGCAUGCACACGCGAGUUGUGUGAUGCGGAGCUGAAUCUACACAUAGCAUGAGUUAGUUAGUUGUUAUUAGUUGCAUUGUUACUAUAUAAGCUGCUUUUCAAUUCAUUUUGUAACUAUGCUUUUGAAUUAAUGCAAAUUCCCCUUUCCUCUGUUCUAUCUUCUCCUUCGCGUCAUUCGAUUUGUGUAGGUGCAAUUCCGGUCGCCGUUCAUAACUCCGGCGACCCCAAUUCUGCACCAAGUGGUAUCAGCUUACCAGAUCCUACUCCGGCGACAUGCGCCGAUUGGAAGAGAUGCUCGCGGCCGCUAUGGCUGAUCUCUCCGAUCGAGUGGCUACAUCUGAUCGGCGACGUGAGGAGCUAGAUAAGAUCCGCGACACUACGGAUGGAUCGCGCGAUCUGGCGAUGAAGGAAAUCCAUGAAAGUCUUCUCGCUCUACAACUCAAACAAAACGAGUUCCUCAAUCGUUUCGCUCCGCACGCGCACGGCGCUGGGCAAUUUGCUGGUGUUGGCGGUGGUGGAGGUCCCCAGCAACGUCAGCAAUACUUCGCUACGCGUCAAUCUAAAGUCGGAUUUCCGAUCUUCGCCGGCGAGGACUUGGCUGGAUGGAUCCUUCGCUGCGAUCAUUUUUUCGCGGUCGAUUUGAUUCCUGAGGACUCUAAAGUCCGUCUCGCUGUUAUCAAUUUUGAAGGAAGAGCUCUCCAAUGGUUCCAGAACUGGUCUAAAUACCAGGAUCGGGCUAUGACAACUCCAUGGCCGUUAUUUUUGCAAGCGCUCGAAGCUCGAUUCGGUGAUCAACUAUUGGGAGAUCCAAUGACUGAAUUACUCGCCCUCAAACAAUCAGGUGCAAUUCCGGUCGCCGUUCAUAACUCCGGCGACCCCAAUUCUGCACCACGGUAUUGAGGUGGAAGGCGAUGGCGCCGCUGGAUCCAGUACGAAUGGGGUGAACGACGGUAGCUGAAGGCCAACGACGGUGGCCGGAUGCGAUUAGCUGUCGCUGGAGGCGGAUGAAGGUAUGAAGUUUAUGCUAGGGUUUCUUUAGGCUGUGAUCGGUAUCACGAAAUUCAGAUCUUGGAAAUGAAAUUGGGGCCUUGAAUUCCAAUUUAAUUGUGGCAUCGAAAUUCAGACCUCGAAUUCCAAUGAAAUCGGGGCAUCGAAAUUCAGACCUUGGAAAUGAAAUUGGGACCCCUAUUCUCCUACGGUUUUUUAGUGUUCUAUUUUAUUGGGAAAUGCUAUAUGGCCACAUUAUGGCCAGCCAUAAACUGGUUUAAUAGCAAAAAAACCGGUUUAUUAUAAU